UUGGGUUGGCCGGGUGAGAUCAAGAUGGAAACAGAUGUGGGUGCUUGGACUGGUAAAGUACCAAAUUACUUGAGGAUGGUAGUUGAAGAUUCGUCCAACAGGGAAGACAUGUCAACUUUUUCUUCCUCUUCAGAGAAAAUUGAUGAAGACUUGAAAGCAUCAGCACAAGAUAUCGCUAGUUAUCAGGUGGUUCUGUCAACCGAUGGUAAGAUAGUGGGCUUCCAACCUUUGAGCAGUGUGGCUGUUAACCAGUGGGCUGCCAAUCCCUUAGCAAAAGAAUUAUAUAGAGGGCGAAAACUUUCACCUGGUUUAACAGAACCGGGUCUUAAGGUCCAGCGUCCAAAUGAGUUGCUGUCAUAGAGUUGUUGAUUUCAGUAAAGCCCGAUGCCUGUUUUGCUUUGGCCAGGCCAGUUCGAUAAUUAUCGUCUGGUAAUUGCGUAUAAGGAUGAGCAUGCACAUCUCGGUGAUGCCAGUGGCACUACAUGUGGUUUGGCACCUGCAGUGUCGAGUUUUAGAGCUUAGAGCGUCUUUGAGAUAUAUCGACUGAAGCAAACCAGAAUGUUCACCCUCUUUGAGAUAUUGGAAGAUGCACCCUGUGGGUUGUGGUUUGUUACCUUUGAGUAAGUCACUCUCGUGGAUGUGGCCUGAUAUAUAACUUACUCGCCAGGAAUAAAACGUC